CCCGACGCCCGCCCCUCAGUCUGCGGAGAGCCGCCGCCCCCGCCCCGCCCGCCGCGAGACGCGCCGCCCGCGGAGUUGUUCGCCGUUGUCGCGCCGCCCCGCGCCUCGCUCUGACAUUUGCAGGAGUGACGGCUGAUUGUUUUCGGGGGGCGGCGGGACGCGCCGUCGUCCGCGACCGCGACCCGCGUGUGCGGCCACCAGCGCGACGGGCACGGCCUCGCACUCGAGCACGGCCAUCCCGACGGGGGCCGAGGGGGGUGGCAACGUGCUGAAUGGAGCGUCGUCUGCUACGGUCAAGGUCACUCGGUUCGGUUCAACCCCUGUCAUGAGUGCGGCCUGAUGUGCCUGAGUGAGGCGGCGCUGGAGGGCGCUGCCGCGCUGCCGAGCCGCCGCGGGCUGAGGAGGCCGGCGCCGGCGGCGGGGAGGCCGUGCGGCCCGUGCUGGCCGAGGCCGUGAUGGGCGACUCCUGGGCCGUCGAGUGGAGGCCUCUGCUGCCGCUGCCCGCCGCCGCCGGGCCGCGAGCCUGGGCCGUGCCUCACCCCGCGCACGGAGCAUCGAAACAGGUGGAGAUGGUGUCGUUCGGCGUGGACCCGCAGUGGGGCGGGCUGCUCUUCUCGCUGUGCUCCCGGCACGAGGACGCCGGCGCCGUCCUGGGCGCAGGCGGGGGCGUCAUCUUCCCCAACAUCCUGGCCGACCCCUUGGCGGCGUCCUCGGCCGUGCCGGGAGCUGGCGGCGACCUCGUCAACGUCCUGGGGUCCGGCUACCUCGACAUGCACAGCGUGUCCGUGUCCUCCGUGUGGGCCAUCAUCGUGGAGACGGCCAAGGCGACCGGCAUGGUGGUGCUGCUGGGCGUCGGCUCGCUGCUCUUCUACCGCGUCUUCCACUCCAUCCGGAGCCGGCUGCACGGCCUCAAGGUGGGGCCCACCUCGGGCCGCAGGGUGUCCGCGCCGCGCUCGCUCACCUCCUCCGGCGAGGACAGCGACGGCGAGAGCUCCGAGGACGAGGCGGCCGCGGCGGUGCGCGGCUUCGAGACGCUCGCCGAAGACGCCGAGAUCACGGGCAUGUACUUCGGGCCGGGCGCGGACUCCUCCAUGGACGGCAGCACCACCUCGCUGACGUGCCCCGCGGGCGGCCGCGCCCCCGCCAGGGCCCCAGGGCUGGCCGCGGCGGCGAUGGGGAGGGCCGCGGCCAUGCGUCGCGCCCGCCGCCUCAGCCGACGGAGCGUUCAGGACGACGAGCAGGCCCGCGACGCGGACGUGUCGUCGGGCAGCCGAUCGCCGCGGACGCCGCCGGAGGAGCGCGUGUCCGGUCCGAGCCGCGGGGGCGCGCCGCUGUGGCAGCGCGGGGCCUCGCUGUACCGCCGCGCCUACAGGCCGCCGCCCACCCGCGGCAGCAGCAACGCCAGCACGCCCUGCAGCACCCGCUCCACCUCGUCGUCGUCCUCGCUCUCCCCGGAGUACCCGCCGUACCGCAGCCACACCGGCGACGCGCGCCGCAGCCGACGCCAGCGCCUGGAGGCCCCCGUGUCGCGCGACGACUCCCUGGACGGCGGCCUCCCCGACCCGCGCGACGGCGUGCUCCGCGGGAUGCGCGGGCUGAGCCGCGAGGACUCGGCGGACUCGCUGGCGCGCAGGUUCAUGGCGCGCGACGAGUCCUUCGAGUCGCUGUUCGCCUACCAGCAGGGCCGCAGGAGGUCGCUCUCGCGCAACCCGUCCACGGACUCGCUGUGCACGCCCUACCCGGCGCGCCGCCUGCCCCGCAACGAGUCGGUGGACUCGCUCGGCUUCCCGCGCCACGCCCUGACGCGCGGCUCCUCGUUCGACUCGACCUGCUCCGAGAUGAGCCUGGACGUGUCGCUGAUCGCCGAGCUCGAGGCCAAGGCCGACUCGGCCGGGGCCGGCGGCGCCACCCUGGACCAGCUGGAGCAGCUGCAGCGCGAGAUCGACCAGCUCAAGUCCAACUGUCUGAGCCUGGACGAGGAGUUCGAGACAGUGCGCUGCAACCGGAACCUCCCCGGCAUGUCGUCGCUGCUCGAGGUCAAAGCUGAGCCGAGGAUCGGCGGCGGCGCUGUCCCCGAGGACGACGCCGAGGCCCUGGCUGAGCGGGCGCGCGCCCGCGCGUGCUUCGCGGGACUGUACUCGCUGACGCGCAUCACCAGCUCGCCCUCCCUGGACCUCGACCAGGUGGACCUGGCCGACCAGGACCUCAGCGACUGGGACCAGGGCCUGUCCUUCCCGGGAAGGGCACUCCCGCCCACGGUGAGUGAGGAGCCUCUCACCAGCCUCGAGUGGGAUGAGGAGGACAUGUCUUACCCGGAUCCCGCAUUAGAGGACUCCGGUCUUGCCAAUGAUUUAGUUUUGGGGGCGUGUGCCGCAAACAUAUCACCAGUCCACAACAGAAUAAAGACCGAGGGUUACCAGAAACGCCAACUGUCUCUCGACGCAUCGUUGCGUGACUCUGAUAGCAUGCUCACUUCAUCAAUGGCCACCUUUGAGCUGGAUGCCGAUUCAGAAGUGGGGGACCCAUCAGCUCCAAUUCCAGAUUUGGAUCAGGAAGAUGAGGAGACGUCACCAAAGGAGGCAAUAAUGUCUAGGGACAACUUGCACCUCCCUCUGGCUGAAGUCAAUCCAGAUAUAAAUCCAGUGUCUGCUAUGUCACCAAUAUCUCCAGAAAGCUGGCUUCAGUCAGAAGGAGCUCUGACUCACAGCUCAUCCAGCUCUGGAGUGAGCGUUUUGUCCAGAUCGCUGUCUGGCUUGUCCGAUGCAUGGUCCAGUAGUGCCGCUAUCACACCAGCUACGCCAGCCUCGACUAUUCCUAUUGCAAUUGGCCAGAGAGUCAGCAUUCAAGAAUAUGUCAAAAAGGAAUGGCAAGGAGACACCAAGAAAGCUCAGACCAUAGUUAAGGGCUACUGUGAAAUUCCUGGCAUCUUGGGUCUAAAUGCAAUCCGAGUUGUUCGUGGAGACAACUACUGUGCUGUUCGUGGAACAAUUUUUCAAGCCCUAGCCCGUGGGCUUCCUUUACCUUCAGGGCAGGCUGCUGCCAGCCGCUGCUCUGAACUGCUAACAAAUUCAGCAGGACAUUGGUUGCGGUCUUGGAAUUUUGCUGGAAGAUUGCCUUACGCGGGGGAGAAUGUAGAAAAUGGCAUAAGAGACUGUCUUCUUAGUAUUGAUUCAACGAUUGAGAGACUUCAGUUGGCAUCAGAUAAAGAAUCCGCUUUAGCCAACAUGCUCAAUGCUGAUCCCUGGCUGGACGCUCGUCUCUGUGAGGCUGCCAAACUAUUAAUGUUGGUUGGGGCUCUGGAGCUGAGGAAUGCCGCAGACCAAGGAGCUCCACUUCCAUUGUUUGCUGAAUUGCUCUUUGCCAGGGAUACUUCUUCAACACCUUGUGAUCUAAUGAAUAACCACCUGAAGAAUGUGGGUGAUACAGCAGGUCUUGAACAGGCAAUCAAGGAUGAGGGAAAAGUUGAAAUGUUUUUGCUCGGCUACUCCCUCGGCAUACGUAUACGCGUGGUGCGACCAUCUGCCUUCGGCUCUCAAGACUAUGUUUGUAGCUACCCCAACCCAGAGGACAUUGGUGUUGAUAUGAGUGAAGGUGUUGAUAAUAGAAGGCUUGUAGAUCUCUUGGCAGAGGAUGAUAGACAUUACAAUAUUUUAAUAGCCUGAUCCUGAUGUGAUUAUAAGAGAGUUAAAUGUUAGUGUAAUGAGCAAUGCAUAUGUUAGAAAUUCUGCACAAAUGCUUCUGCAGAGGUAAAUGUGCUCGCAAUAAAAUUUGUAUGAUUGCCGUGAAAAAAAUAUCAUACAAAACUAAUUGGUUUUAAUGACAAUAUCAUUGUUUAGAUGUUAAAUAGUGCCGUUAAGUUUGUAGUUACAACUUUUUUGAAAGAUUAGCCAUUUUCAUCUUGAUUUAAGUGUUUACUGUUUGUAAACCACAUUAAAUAACUCACCAAUCUUGUUUUAAUUAUCUGUGUUUUUACUUUGUUGAAACAUUUCAGUUUAAAAUGAAACGAUCUUUCAAUUUACAUUUCUUUACCAGAUCUGACUUUAGAAAAAGUGUAUAUUGUGACUCUUAAAUGAAGUAUAGUAUUUAGAACCUGUCAGAUAGUGAUAAUGGUUGUUGGCCAAACUCUUUCCUUUUUAUCAGCUGGCUGGUAGGGAAAGAUUCGGUAGCAAUUUGAAUUGGACUGGAAUAGUUGAGGAAUGGUUGAGGAUGACUAGCUCUAUCAAGAGUGAUGUGUUGGCAUAAAGGAUGUAUCCACGGAGACAGCAAUUGCUCUCGUUCUCCCUGAUCUCCCUGUACCAUUUGAAUGGAGAACAGAUACAUAUAAGUCAGGCAAAAUAAUACCUGUAAAUAAUGGGCUACAUUGUUAGUAUUUGCCUGCCCCUCCUAUUAAUUCUUGAUUUGCCAUUGCCACUCAAAGCUUCCUCAGUGAUUGGUUGUGGCAUCGUCAUGCUUCUUUCAUUGUACAAAAGUUUAUUUUUUAGUAGUCAGUAUAAAAGAGAAAAUGUUAAAAGUUUAUUUUUAGCGAAUUUAUUUUUGAAAAUUGAGUUAUAGGGAAUUAAUUUGGAAAAGUGUCUUUUGAUAAGCUUCUUCAUUAUGUUUCUGCUCUACAUUGAAAUGUAUUUUAAGCUGCUUCCCUUUUAAGAGAAAUUCACCCACACCCAACUGGGUGGAUGGUAAUAGAUAAAAUAAAAAGAAAAGUCAUUCAGAAAAAUUUUAGAACAGCAUUAAAUUUAGAAAUUUGAAUAAUUCUGAAAGCAAUGUUAACAAUUUCAUCCUUUAGGAUGAAAGCACAAAAACCUACAGAUCUUUUUGUCCUUAAGACCUGUUAUGUUUAGUGUACAUGUUCAUUGAUUUCUUGCCCAAUUGAGAUUGAAAUUCUGUUAAGUUAAAGAAAAUCAAGCAUUUUUUCUGAUCUUGCCUCUGUCAGAAGAUGGCUUUCAAAUGAUCGCACAAGCAAGAUAUUUUUCUGAAAUCUAUACUCUCAUUGUUGCUUUAAAGAAAGUUUUACAGGAAUAUGUAACAACCACUCAAAAUGGAUGUAUAAGCUCAAAAACAAGUCACUGAUAAACUUCAACUUCUACAUCAGGAUUUAGAAAAAGAAAUCAUUUCUGCAAAUAUUAAUAAACCAUGAUUGUAUUUAUUUUUCAUUUAAUAAGUUAAAUGCAAAAUGCAUUUUCUGCUAUGUGCUCCUUAGUUUUUCCAUCAAAGCCAAAGGAAAGUUGUCCCACAGUAUUGAAAAGUACAUCUGCAUGUAUCAUUCCAGAUAUUGAAAAUUUUUGAAACUGGAUAACUUUUUAAAUUAGCAACUUUUCUGAAAUUCGGUAACAAAAUAAAUACAAGUUUAAGAUGACUGAAAAUAUUAUAUGAAUUUUAAAAUAAGAGCAGAAGGUAAUUGCAUUGAUUGUGAUAGCUGCAAGACAAAGAUUGUUACCAUACUAUGUUGUGUUUAAUUAAAGAUUGUUGUUUGCAGUUAAGAAGUGUAAAAUACCAAACUAAAACCUCAUUCCCCCCCAAAUACAGACCACUAUGAGCUGAAAAGAUAAGACAAACAUGUGAUGACAUUGCACAUAUUAUUACAUAACACAAGGUGCUCCCACACGGGUAACAUUCCCUCUGCCUGAGCCCCUGCACUGUCGUCCCUGUCGUUUGUAGCCACUCGUGUGAGUAAUGUCUUUUGCGACUGGGAGCACGCAUGAAAAUGGUGCAAGUUGCUUUAAGAAAAGAAAAUUUUGUCCAGUAUCAUAGCAGGGUUGAGAGCAAUAAAACAUUUCAUUUCACUUGAUCUUUUAUUUUUGAAAGAAUACAAAGAAAAAUUAUAAAGAAAAAGAUCAUUGCACCAUCUGGGGUCUAGUCUUAACAAAAAAGAUCACUCGUAUUUAUCAUACAUAAUAAGAUGUAUUACGUAAGAUUAGUCUAUUUGGAACUUCACAAUAGACAAUAGAACAAGAAAUUUUA